AUCCUGAGAUUAACAUAACAAGGUUUUGUAAAUAGAAACUUCGGUUGGAUUUGUAAUUUCUGUCAAGUACAUUGGGAAAGAAACUUUUGUUUUUUUCAAAAUGACGCAGUUUUCCGUCUAAAGAUGCCACUGUUUGAUGUAAUAGGUUUUGGAAAUGAAAAAAUUGCUGUUGUUCUUGACAUUGGCGAGGCGUAUACAAAAUGUGGAUUCGCCAGCGAGGUCUGUCCAAGACAUAUCAUACCCAGCAUAGUAAGAAGAAACAUCAAUGGAGAGGUGAGCGAGGAAAAAAUUACACCGAAUGUGACAAGUAAUACUGAUGAUGGUCAACUGUACGGGAUACUUCGUGACUUCAUUCAUAACAUAUAUUUCAGAUACCUUCUUGUAAAUCCAAAAGAAAGGAGAGUUGUUAUAUGUGAAUCACUUUUGGUGUCGACAAGAUUCAGGGAGACACUUGCAAAAGUACUUUUUUAUCACUUUGAGGUACCUUCGGUUCUUUUUGCUCCAAGUCAUUUGAUGUCCCUCUUUACUCUUGGUGUCUCCACAUGCCUUGUCAUGGAAUGUGGCUAUUCAGAAACCACUGUGUUACCAAUAUAUGAUGGUGUACCUAUGAUAAAUUCAAUGGAAUUUCUACCUAUUGGAGCUAAAGUCAUUCACAAACGCCUGGAAUCCCAGCUCAUGGAGAAAGGAUUAGUGCAUAUUGGAACUGGAAUCAAACCAUUAUCAUCAGUGAUUGAUACUCUUCCGACAAAAGUGCUGGAAGACAUAAAAGUUCGAACUUGCUUUGUCGGACCCAAGAUUAGCAUUCCAGUUAACGAAACGAGACCCCCGUCGACUGUUCAUUCUGUGGAUUAUCCAUUGGAUGGCGCUAAAAUACUUCGUGUGGAAGGACAGAUAAGAGAGCAAACGUUUGAUGUGCUAUUUGAAGUUGAUGAAGAGGAAAAGUCCAUUGCAACGCUUAUGCUGGAUGCAGUCAUCAAUUCACCCAUUGACACAAGAAAAGAACUGGCCGAGAAUAUUGUCGUCAUUGGUGGAACAUCUAUGGCUCCAGGAUUUACACAUCGUCUUCUUCAAGAGCUUCAUUCACAGCUUCAAUCGUCAAAAUAUCAAAAUCGUCUGCACAUUAAAACAUUCAAAUUUCAUAAUCCUCCCGUGAAAGCAAACUGCGUCGUAUGGUUUGGAGGCUCAAUUUUCGGUUCGUUGGAGGUACUUGCGGACAGAUCUGUACAAAGGUUAGAUUACAUCAAAAAGCCAUCGCUUCCGGAUUGGUCCUCGUUUUCUUCCCACAACGAAGAUAAUGGGGAUAUAGGCGAAAGGAGGCUUUCAACGACACUAAAAAGAGGAGAUUUUGGAAGCCUUGGAAAAUAACGUUGAUUCCAUUGAAUUUCAACUCUUGAAAUGACUUUUUUUUUCAUUUCAUGUUAUCUGAAAAAAGAAAAAACAUACUCCGAAAAUGGUUUCAUCUCAGAUACAAAAUUUGAGAAAGGCAAAUGCUAGUUUUAUAUUUACCGUCAUAUAAGUAUCUAUGAAGAAUGUGUAUGCGUAAAAAAAUUGUUCUUGUAUCAUUUAA